AUGUGUAUCGUCGAUAAAGUGAUUAAUCAAAGAACGGAUACAGCGGAAGAGUCGGAGACGACAGUACCGAACGAGACCAAGAAUAUCGAGGUGAACGGUGGAGCUGUCACAGAGCAGGUUAUGGAGCCGAAUAUAACGAUAAAUAAACCAGGAGAACCGGAAGAUGAGGAAAGUGAGGAAUCGAACGAGGAGGAAACGACUGAUCGCGAGUCGGAUGUGAAUCGUAUGAUUCAAGAUUUAGCGUAUUUUCUGAGAGCUCACAAAUUCCAAGAUUACGAUCGUCGUUACUUCAAGAGCAUCAAUGAGGCCUCGACUCGUCCUUACGAAGAGUUUCCACGGCCACCAUUGAGAUCAUUGCACUGGGAAGUGCAUAAAAACUGUGACCUUGGGUUCCAUCAUUGUCUUCGUUACGUCGAUCGAAUUGUCCGAGUUACGAGUCUCCGGAGAGAAGACGACACUUUGACAAUUAUGAGGACAAAUAAUUGGGACCUGGAGAAAAAUACUCAGCAAAUUCUCGUCACUCAGAAGGACUGCCAGAUGGCCCAGAGACGGGAUAAUCUCACAGUUGUUCCUUUCCAAGGACCUAUCGAACGAUUUCAAUGGAGAACGACAGUCAGCUAUUACAUGUGUUGGUACACAAUGCUUGAAAAACCAGAGCUUGAAUUCUUCGGUGACUCAUGCUCCAAUCACGCUAAUUGUUUGGACAAUUAUGGAGUAGAGAAUAGAGAUCCAAGGGCCAACGACGAUAAACCCUUCGCUUGUGCCUUGUACAGUUUUUGUCCCGAUCAUUGCUGUCCCAUGAAACAUUUGUGGUACAUGAGAGAUUGUUUUCAAUCUCCUAGAAAUCCUUGUUACGAGGGAAAUCGAGUAGCUAAUCGAAAGUGUACGUUGAACCGUGAAGAGAAUCAAGAUUUCGAAUCGCUCAUCCGCAAUCGUAUAAAUGUAAGUUGCCAUUGUCACGAGAGUGGCUACGAAUGGUCAUCAAGAUAUGGAAUUUGCGUGGACGUGAACGAGUGUACUCGUAAUUUGCAUGAUUGUAAUCUCGAGGAUGGCCAAAUUUGUAUCAACCAGCCAGGAAGUUACGCGUGUGUGUGUGGUGUCGGCACCGUGUACAAUUCUGAGACGAAGAACUGUGAGAAAGAUCCAAUAUUCGAGAAGGCAUUGAAUCCUUUAAGAGGCGACAAGACUCGAUCGAAACCGAAAAUGAAGAACAUAUUCGAGUCGAUACCUAAAAGAUUGGGGAAUGUUAUCCGUUGUUCUUUGUAG